AUGGUUGUCAAGGCUGUAGAGCUGAACGUUGCUGGAAACGAAUUUCUCACCAAUCCAUGCGAAAUCGGGCACGUAUGCCAGCCACAAAAGUAUGCGGAACAAAAAGGGGAUAGAAUUGUUUACGAGAAACUUCGAAGUGUCAAGAAUGACCCGAGCUACGCUGCGAAGAAUCCUAUUGACAUAUUCAGAGAGUUAAUGAACGAGCAUUACGAUGCAGGGAGCGGUGAGUGA